AUGAGAGCCUACGAUCCAUCCGCUUUGGCAAACAGCCCCCGUUCUUCUGACGGAGCUGCUACUGGCAAUGGCUCUCCGGACACGAAGCUGACUGCGUUCUCUCCCGAGGACGUGCGACCCAAGGCUCGUGUAGAUUCUGCCAUCUGCAUCCCGCAGGAUUCUGAUGGAGUCAGUAGCUUUUCUCCUGGCCCCGGAGCCGACCCUUUUGUCGUUCCUGCCAGCCAACCUCGUCUUGCUCACCUGUGUCCUACGGCAUUGAGUUUCCGGCCUGUUGGAGUGACUGGUACUUUGACGGAUACAGGUCUCAAACGUCCUAUACCCUCUGUAGGCUAUGGGAUGAGCUAUUUAGCUGCUGGGUCCGAGCCAGACUCAAGAGCAGUUGGCAAUAGUGACAGCGUGUAUUCCGCGAAAACCUUCUCUGGUUUUGGGCCUAUUGGCAAGUCUGCUCUAAACAAGGACGGUUCUCAUCCCUUUGAAGUCAACUUUGAGCAACUCGAUUACGAACAUCGCAGCCGUGCCUUCGUGAUCGAGGAAGUUCCAAGGAAUCUAUCUCAUCUGACCUUGGCAGGUUUUUUUAGCCGUCGUGAGUUUGGAACUAUCAAAGGUCCCCUUCUUUCAGAACUUAGUUCGAAGGGUAAGAUCUACGUCGCAUUUACCGACAGCCGUGAGGCAAAGAAUGCGAUAGAAAAGGUCCAGGUUCUACACCCGGAUUGGCGUAUCACUCCCCUUACUGCUCGGGAAUACGCGCAGCAGUCUACAACCUCCGAUGUCGACCGCGUCUCCGAUUUCGAAGGCCAAAUCUGUGUUUCUGUGUAUUACGAUAGCCGAGACCCUAGCAUUGAUCAGCGGGCAAUUAUAUCAUGUGUGAGAGGAUUAACAGAAAGUUUCGGUGACGUGAAGACAUUCAAGGCUCUUCCUGUGGAGCAAAACAAUGUCAGUGAAUUUGAAGUCGAGUUUUUUGACACGCGUGAUGCCGAAAACGCCGUGGCCACACUCAACGGAGCCACUGUCGAGGAUUGUAUUCUUGAGAUCAAACUACAUAAACCGGAUGUGGAAGACCCAUCCAGUGACUUUUUCCACGAACGUUGUUCAUCCAAAGAUGUCUCUCCUCGUAGAGACUCCCGUCGGGUUGUUACGUCUGGAUCUUCUGGACGAGACAGUCCCCAUUUGGAAUUGAGUCCAACUGGCCGUUCCACCAUACCUCGAGGUGAGCGUGCAGGACUUAUGGACUGGAUGCUCAGUUCCACAUCGCGACCAGUGCUUCCACCUCACCAAGAGUACAAUCGCUUCACUGAUACACGUUUCAAAUCUCAGAAUUUUGUCGACGUGGAACGUAUUCGCCGCGGUCUUGACGUCCGCACAACAAUCAUGCUUCGUAACAUCCCAAAUAAAAUCGAUCAGUCCAUGUUGAAAGAGAUUGUGGACGAGACGAGCUUUGGAAAAUACGAUUUUAUGUAUCUCCGGAUUGUUCGAUUUAGUGUCGGUUAUGCGUUCAUCAACUUUGAAGAUCCUAUCGAUAUAAUCGAUGUGAGUUUACGCAACUAUGCAUCUAAGAAUGGAGCACUGAAUGAGCUUAGUUUGUCAAAGCCCGAGCUGGCCGCACUUGCUAUCCAAGGAAAAGAUUGCCUCGUGCAGAAAUUCCGGAACAGCUCUGUGAUGCUUGAAGAUCCGUCCUUCCGGCCUAAGAUAUUCCACACUGGCACCGGUCCUUUGGCCGGGACUGAAGAUCGCUUCCCAGGUCCAGAUAAUCUUUCUAAGAUGCGGCGAAGCGUGGAAAAUGCUGAGCAUGUUGGUCUCUUUGCCCCACGUGUGAAUCGUGACGAACAGCGACGUCGCCGCUCGUCGUUGGGUCGUGGAAGGAUACCUCCGGACCGCCUUCUUUGCGUUAGAGAGAGUUCCUACCGGCGUCCAAGUGUGCUGGGUGCCGGUUCGGCACCAGACUUUAGACCGCCAUGGUAUGAUACGCAGCGUUCUCCACGUGGCCCGAGAACUUCUUGA